AUGAAGCCGGCCGUCCUCGCCAUCCUAGGCGCCUCCGCGGCAGCCGCUUCGGACUCCACCAUCACCCUCGUGGCCCGACAGGCGACGACCGGGCCCUCAUCCGCCUCCAUGUCUUCGCCGCCCUUGACGUCGAUGGAGCCCUCACUGACGCCGACAACGACGUACCGCGACCCGUGGCAGUGCGCAACGCAGAACCUCUCGCAGUACUUUGACGUGCCCAAGCCCUCGGGCACGCUGAGCGCCGCCAUAGAAGGCUACAUCGACGAGCUCGUAGAGCCCUGCUUCGAGACCGCCACGGGCGCCGACCUCUUCAACUGCCGCGUCACCGAGUCGUCGCAGCUCUGCGGCUUCACCACCUACGCGUCCGCGACGGCGAACCCCGCCCUGAUCACGGCUUUUGCGUCGUACGAGAGCGCCGCCGCCUCGUUUUGGCGCAGCAACAGCGAGAGCGUGAGCUCGCUUUCGGUCGAGUGCGCGUCGGCCUGGGACCACUUUGGCGAGCUCAACCACGCCUGGUUGAAUCAGACUAUCGCCUACGCCAGCUGCGUGCUGAAGGAUUUGCCUCCCGUCAGCAGCACAACCGGUUCGUCGUCUUCGGGGUCCGGAUCGGCUACCGCCCCUGGCACGGGGGUCACGGGGGCGACGAGCAGCGUGACGAACACGGCUGGGUUGGCGAAGAAGACGGAUUUGUGGAUGCUUGCUGGCACUGGCGUCAUUGUAGGGGCUGCUAAUGCCUUUGCGUGA